GUAGGCCAAACUGAUAUGUUGGCUGGGAAGAUGUUCCAAUGGAAGACAGCUCUUUUGAAGAAGGAGAAUUUUUUUCAGCAAACAAUGUCAGCAGCCAUGAUACAACGCCUGGUCCAGCGAGCAAGGCAGGCAGAUGAAAUUAUAGCCCAACUGAAAGCACACAUUGAGAUCGUGAAGAAAUCUGCAGCUGUAAGUGUGAGUAAGCCGGAGGAGGAGAGAGUUGCUGCUGAGAAUGCCUCGCUGCGGGAAAAGAUCAAGCAACUGAAGAUGACACUGGUUCUUGCUGAAAUCAAGAAUGGAGUGAAGCAGAUUCCCCUGCCCAAAAGGUCUCGGGUGGAAGCUGUUAAGGCCGAUUCUCAGGGUGACACACCUUCUGCCCCAUCCACCUCACAAGAGGAACCCAAACCAGUCGCACAACAGGCCAAACCAAAGAAAGAGCAACAGGCUAAAGGAGGGGAUGCUUCAAAACCAGAGGUUGCCAAAGCUGAAAAGGGCAAAAAAGGCUUGGCUGAGGUUGACAGACCAAUUGAUAUAUCCCGGCUUGACCUGCGGGUUGGGAAGAUUGUUGAAGUGAAGAAACACCCAGAUGCGGACAGCUUGUACGUGGAGGAGGUUGACCUGGGGGAAGGGCAACCUCGCACCAUAGUCUCCGGACUUGUGAAACACAUACCCAUAGAAGAGAUGCGUGGUCGGCUGGCUGUGUUUAUGUGCAAUCUGAAGGCUGCUAAGAUGCGUGGAAUCCUGUCUAACGGCAUGAUCAUGUGUGCCAGCUGCCCAGAAAAGGUGGAGAUACUUGUACCCCCACCAGGCGCACAAGUUGGUGACCGUGUCAGGGCCAAGGACUUUCCAGGUGAGCCGGACGCCCUCCUGAACCCUAAGAAGAAGAUCUGGGAGACCUUGAAGCCUGACUUGCGUACAGAUGGGGACAGAGUGGCGGCAUACAAGGGUUCCCAACUCCACAUUGAAGGCAAGGGCCCGCUAGUGGCCCCCACAGCUGCUAACACACAGAUUUCAUAGUCUGACCCUUUUUCAAGUGCUUAUUUAUCUGUACAAUUGAUGCAGUUAAUAAAGAUACUACUAACGAAAUGUGAUGCUUAGUUAAUAUAUUAAAUAUGGGGAGACUUUAAGUUGAAUAAAUAAGAUGCCAUACUGCACACAUUUUAAUUUAUUUUUGGAAUGCCAUAAUAUUAUGAAAUAAAAAUUAAUGUAG